AUGGCUUUCUUUCCAUCAAAUUUCAUGCUUCAAACUUCUCAUCAAGAUGACCAUCAUCAACCUCCACCUUCACUCAACUCAAUUAUAACCUCAUGUGCACCUCAAGAUUAUCAUGGAGGAGGAGUAUCCUUUUUAGGAAAGAGAUCUAUGUCAUUUUCCGGUAUAGAACUCGGAGAAGAACCGAAUGUCGAGGAAGAAUUAUCGGACGAUGGAUCGCAGUUAGGAGAGAAGAAGAGAAGGCUUAACAUGGAACAAGUGAAGACACUUGAGAAAAGCUUUGAGUUAGGAAACAAGCUUGAACCUGAGAGGAAAAUGCAGCUUGCAAGGGCUCUUGGACUUCAACCAAGACAAAUUGCUAUAUGGUUUCAAAACAGAAGAGCUAGGUGGAAGACAAAACAGUUGGAGAAAGACUUUGAUGUUCUUAAAAGACAGUAUGAUUCUGUUAAGGCUGAUAAUGAUGCACUUCAAGCUCAGAACCAAAAACUUCAGACCGAGAUAUUGGCACUGAAAAAUAGAGAACCAACAGAAUCAAUCAACCUAAACAAAGAAACAGAAGGAUCAAGCAGCAACAGAAGUGAAAACAGUUCAGAAAUCAAGUUGGAUAUUUCAACUAGGACACAAGGAGCUAUUGAUAGUCCUCUAUCCACUCAACAACAAACAAGCAUAAACCUCUUUCCAUCUUCUUCUAGACCAACACUAGUUCCUCAUCAACUCUUUCAAACCAAUUCAACAAGACAAGACAUUAAUCAUUGCCAAAAGAUUGAUCACAUGGUUAAAGAAGAGAGUUUGAGUAACAUGUUUUCGGCCAUCGAUGAGCAAUCCGGAUUAUGGCCAUGGUUGGAGCAACAACACUUCAAUUGA